GGGCGUCGUCCUUCUCCCGGGGCCCCAGAAGGCGGUUGGGCAGGCGGACAGGAGGGAGGAAGAUGGGUCCCGGACUCCGCCGGUGGGCGCUGCCGGCCUUGGCUUUGAUCUGGGCGGCCUUGGCCAGCGCUGGAGAGCAGCCCGCGCACCUCUCCUCGGAGGUCUUUUUCUGCCAAAAGGACUCCCCGCUUUACGGCCUGGCUCGUACUCUGGACGACGACCUGCUCUUCUGGUACGACUUCCCCAGCACCAGUUGGCGCUCCCGCCUGCCGGACUUCCAGGCGAAGACGCAGCUCUCCGAGCCGCAGAUCGAGGCCAGGAAGAAAGUCUGCGACGUGGUGCUGCCCGCCCUCACCAAGUUUUCGGACCUUUACGCUCAGAUCCAGUUCCCGGAGGCCACGGGAAUCCCCGAAGUGGAAAUCUUCACCCUCCGUCCCCUUGUGCUGGGCCAGCCGAACGUCCUGGUCUGCUCGGCGAGAAACAUCUUCCCUCCCGUGGCCAGAAUCCGCUGGGCCUUCCAGGGCCAGGAGCUGACCCAGGGCGUCUCCUCCACCCCGGUCUUCCCCGUCCAGGAGCUGGACUUCCAGAUCUUCUCCUACGUGGAGAUGACGCCCCGGGAGGGGGACAUCUACAGCUGCACCGUUAAAGGCCUGGGGGGCAAGUUCGACACCAUGGCCUACUGGGCCCCCAAAGACCCCGUGGCCUCCAAGCUCCUGGAGAACGUCCUCUGCGGCCUUGCGGUGGCGGUGGGAGGGGUCUUCAUCAUCGUGGGGGUCGUCCUGCUGGCCCUCUCCUUCAGGUUCCGGAGCUCCGACUGAAGGUGCCCCCAGCAAGGAGACCCUCCUCUCCUCACCCACCCACCCCCAUCCACGGAUCAGCAUGACCCGGAAGACACACCCCCCUGGAGUUCCUCCCCUCCCCAAACUGAGCACACUUUUGGGGGAGGCGUUUCCUCCUCUGGCCCUCAGUCCCAAUCACCCGUAGCACAGAAGACUUCACUGGUUUGUGGGGGGGGCUGGAAGAGGGCUCCCACCUGAAUCACCCCAAAGGAUGGCGGCAGAUUGCAGACUGAGCCCCAUUUCUGCCACUACAUUGCCUCCCACCCCGUCCCCUGCCUCACUGGGCCUCAUUGCCACCCGGGGGGGGGAGCUGCCCCCUCUCUAAGUUAAAUUGGUUUCCCCCCCCCCACUGGACACCACAAACCUGCAGCAAAAACAACAACAACAACAACAAUCAAAGCUGGAGGGGCUGAAAUGGGUGCAGAUGUGCUUUUGGGGGGUGGGGGGGCGGCCGAAAUUGUUUCCCAUCCCCUCCUGCUUCGUUGGGGGGAAAUCCCAUGGAAGUCGAAGUGCUUUGGACUGGCCCCCUCGGCCUCCAUCCUCCCAGGGCUGCCAUGAAGAAGUGAAACCGUGUGGGGGGGAGAUGGGAGGGGAGACGCAUCUUCCUUUGCCAAGAACGGCCAGAAUAGAAAUUCCG